AUGCAGAAUGUGGAGAAUCCGGUAGAGGUUUCAGCAAAUGAUGAGUGGCAUUUUAAACGAUGGAAGUAUACCAAUUACAGCUUCACUGUUUCAACUUUUUGGACACCUUAUUUAGUAAGAUCUGAACAAGAAGAAGUAAAUGGACCGACAAACAGUGGCCUCUUCAAUUUAUACCUAGAUGAAUUCGACCUAAAAUGGACAACUAAGCUACAUGAAUUCGACUAUGUAAUCCUCUCUGCUGGACAUUGGUUCUACCGUCCCGCUAUGUUUUAUGAAAAUGGGAAGCUUGUAGGCUGCUUUUAUUGUUUACGUGAUGGUGUCAAAGAUUUCCCAAUGUCUUAUGGCUAUGCAAAGGCAUUUCAGACGGCAUUUAAGGCGAUAAACAGUUCGCCAAACUUUAAGGGUAAGACGUAUUUAAGAACAUUUGCACCUUCACAUUUUGAAGAUGGAACAUGGAAUCAAGGGGCAAAUUGUCUUAGAAAGAAGCCAUUUAAGAGUAAUGAAACUCAGUUGGAACCUAAAGGUUUGUCCUUGUACAAUGCUCAGAUGGAGGAAUAUAGGGUGGCAAAAGACGAAGGGAAGAACACGGGAAAGAGAUUUAGGUUACUCGAUACGACACAGGCAAUGUUACUGAGACCAGAUGGACACCCAAGUAGUUAUGGGCAUUGGCCACAAGAGAAUGUGACUUUGUAUAAUGAUUGUGUUCAUUGGUGUCUGCCUGGACCUAUUGACUCAUGGAGUGAUUUUCUACUUGAGAUGUUGAAGUUGGAUAAGUGA